AGACGUGUUGGAUCAUGCGCGUGUUGAUCGUGGUCGGUCCAGCUACUGCGACUUCUACUAGUCUGGUUAUCACCGUUGAGAACUACCAAAUGUAAAUUUGUGUGCGUAGUGUUUGUCUGCGUACAUGGGAAUCUUCUUGUAUACUUGGUUCGUAUUUGGGAUACCUGUACGCUAACGUGGAAAAAUUAUUACGUACUAUAAAACCUGUGGGUGUGUAUUUGUAAAAGCUAAAGGUGUUGUCUCCUGGAUGAACAUUGGAUAAAAUAAGGUUGAAGGACGAGUUAAUAAUAGCACCACUUGUUAUGUGGCGUUAUAUUUUUGUGGUCGCAUAAGACAGUAAAGAAGAUGAUAAUUAUGAUCAUUUGUAACUUUAACUAGAGAGAAGAGAACUGCUAUCAGGAGGAGUGGACACAAUGUCAGCCACCAUCAGAGUGAGUAAAGAUUCGUCGUGGCAGAGUUCACUAAGCAGCCCAGAUCAACGCCUCGCCUUACUCCUGCAGUCCUCUCGCUUGUCUGAUCUCACCAUCACCUUCCCGGGUCACGACAACAUCCUUAAGGCACACCGGCUCGUGUUGGCCAUGAGUUCACCAGUGUUCGAAGCUAUGUUGUAUGGCCCCCUGGCAGAAGGCCCUGACUUAACAAUCCACGAUGACCCUCCAGAGGCCUUCGAAUGGUUGUUGGACUAUAUGUACAGGGGUCAUACUAGUCUACCAGCAGUACCACUCACAGUGCAGGUGUACCAGCUGGCCAGCAAGUACCAGAUGGAAGCUCUUAUGACUUUAUGUUCACAGCACCUAAAGGCGACGCUGUCGGCCACGAACCUGCCUGAAAUGUACGACACAGCCAUCCUGCUUCAGGACAACACCCUCCUGCAGCAAUGUUCCCUGGUUGUGAACCACUCGCCGACAGCUGUGUUAUCGUCUCCACAGUUUGGUCGGUUGACUAGGAGCGCACUAAAGCAUCUCUCUCUGCAGCCUCUACAUAUCACGACAGAAGUGGUCCUCCUCAGGGCUCUCUUAGCCUGGGGCCGGGCGCAGACGUCGUCGGGAAACCUUCGGCAGGAGAUAGAGGAUUUCCUACCUAUGGUGCGUUUUCUAGCCAUGACCACCGAUGAAUUUGUGGAGCACGUAAUGCCUGCCAACGUCCUCACCCUGGAGGAGUCCAGUGCCAUCCUCAUGAACAUCAAGGAGGUGAGGGAUGUGCCCUUACCUGCCAUCUGCUGCCACAUCCGGGAGAAAAGGCUGUGCUUCCACGACAGUCUUCUCAGAAAAAUUACCCUCAAUACGUUACACAAUUUUCCAAGAUCAAAAAAAAGUGCAAGAGGUAGUAUUUUUGUGCACAGUUCUCACGAGCAGAUCCUUAUCAUGAACAUGAAAACAGUAGGCACCAUCCAAUUAGGGAAAGUGGAAUGUAAGGCCAUUAACCCAAGCUCAGGAAGUGCUACGGUUAGUGUGAAGGACGGCGGGGGUAAUGUAAUAAAGAGUGCCACUUCUGAGGGCCUCUUGGUGACCUUUGAAGAACCUGUGACUAUUCUGCCUGAUGCACCUCACACCCUCACCGUCUGCAUGGAGGGACACUGGCCCAGGGGUGAGAUGGGGGACUUCAUGGCCCAGGAGGAGGAGGUCAAACUUGAUGGGAAAUUGGCCUAUACAGAGGGACGUUUCGGUACAGUAACCCUAUACUUCUGGUCUUUUAACUGACGAUCAAGAAUUUUAAAAGAAAAUUUUGCACAUGACUCACAAGAAAUAAUAUUUAAAUCACACUCAGUAAUGAACUCACAAAAACACACUCAUCAAUAUGCUAAUUUACAAUAGUUCUGAAAAGACUACAGUAUUGGUUUUUAUUCAGGUCAAUGAGCCUCACGGUGUGCCAGGUACUAUGUGUCGGAAAAUUUAGCCGAGAUAUGUCACGAUACAGCAUCUACAGUAUUGUUAAAAUCUUAUUCUUGUAAAUGAAGUUAAAAUCAAAUAUUGAAGUAUCCCUUCUAGUGAGUCUUCGACAGUGUUAUCAAGUGGAUCCUAUACAGUGGUAGAGUAAUUUUUUUGAUGAGGCUUAAAUUUAGUUGACAUGUAAGAUACUGUACUGCAAAACAUCAUUAUUACCCUCUUGCAAUAAAACUGCCCCAGCUGCUACGUCACUCGCAUUUACUUGUACAACAAAUUGCUUGUCAAAGUUUGGUCCCCAUAAAACUGGUUUAGACUUCAAAAUUGCCUUAAUUUUCUCAAAUGCCUCCGGACAACUUUACGUCCACACAAAAUCCCUUUUAGGACUAAAUAAAUCAGGUAAUGGUCCAGCUACAUCAGAAAAGUUAGGGCAAACUCUCCUAUAAUACCCUGCCAUACCCAAAAAGUGUUGGACUGCCUUACGGUUUGUGGGUAUGGACAAGGUAUCAAUGGCCUCAACUUUAGCCUGGACUGGGGCCACUGUCCCAUAGCCAAUCUCAUGUCCCAAAAACACUAGUUUGGCAUGGCCAAACUCACUCCUAACAAGGUUAACAGUGAGCCGAGCACUAUUAACCCUUUCAACGCGUCUAUAACCAUUGUAAAAAUUAUCAAUAACUUGUAAUCAACCAGUGUGUUCACUCGCAGUCAAUCUUACUUGUUGCACUGUCACUCUGUUGAAAUGCCCUGUAAUUUGAGCUUCUACCCACGUAGUUAUUAUAUAUCAUAUUUGUAUCACUUAUGUUACUUGCAUAUUAUUUGUAAAUCAAGAG